CACCCCUGGCCCCGCCCCCCAGCUGGCCCUAGCUCCACCACCGACCAGGGGCUGCAGGAAUGACCGACAACAUUCCCCUCCAGCCCGUCAGGCGACAGAAAAGACACGACGGCCAGCACAGGAAUGGGUGCUGUCCGUGGUCGGGAUGCUGUGGCAUGGGGGACUUCCGUCCCCGCACCGUGUGGCUCGGCCACCCAGAAAAGAGGGAGCAGAGGUACCCGAAGAAUGUUAUUAACAACCAGAAGUACAACUUCUUCACCUUCCUCCCUGGAGUGCUUUUCAAUCAGUUCAAGUACUUCUUCAACUUGUACUUCCUGCUUCUGGCCUGCUCCCAGUUUGUGGAGGAGCUGCGCUUAGGUGCCCUCUACACCUACUGGGUGCCUUUGGCUCUCGUUUUGAUUAUAACCAUCAUGAGAGAGGCCAUUGAAGAAAUAAGAUGCUACGUUCGAGACAAAGAAGUGAAUUCUCAGAUUUACAGCAAGCUUUCAACUAGAGGCACAGUGAAGGUUAAAAGCAGCGGCAUUCAAGUGGGCGAUCUUAUAAUUGUGGAAAAGAACCAGCGUGUUCCUGCUGACAUGAUCUUUCUAAGGACCUCUGAAAGAAAUGGCUCGUGUUUCCUCCGAACGGACCAGCUGGACGGAGAGACGGACUGGAAACUACGCCUCCCUGUGGCCUGCACGCAGAGGCUGCCCACCGCCGCCGACCUUCUUCAAAUCAGGUCUUAUGUGUAUGCUGAAGAACCAAACAUCGAUAUCCAUAAUUUUAUUGGAACUUUCACCAGGGAGGAUGGAGACCCACCGGUCAAUGAAAGUCUCAGCAUUGAGAACACGCUGUGGGCCAGCACUGUCGUUGCCUCUGGCACGGUGGUGGGGGUUGUGAUUUACACCGGCAAGGAGCUGCGCAGCGUCAUGAACACCUCCAACCCCAGACACAAGGUUGGCUUGUUUGACCUGGAAGUGAACUGUUUGACAAAGAUCUUGUUUGGAGCGCUGGUCGUGGUGUCUCUGGUCAUGGUGGCCCUGCAGCACUUCGCUGGCCGUUGGUAUCUCCAAAUCUUCCGUUUCCUGCUUCUCUUUUCUCACAUUGUGCCCAUCAGUUUGCGUGUCAAUCUGGAUAUGGGAAAGAUGGUUUUCAGUUGGAUGAUCAAGAAAGAUUCCAAAAUCCCCGGGACGGUGGUGAGGGCCAGCACCAUCCCUGAACAGCUCGGACGCAUCUCCUACCUGCUGACGGACAAAACAGGAACCCUGACCCAGAAUGAGAUGGUGUUCAGACGGCUCCAUCUGGGAACCGUUGCGUAUGGAAUGGACUCCAUGGAUGAAGUUCAGAGCCACGUGUUCAGCGCUUACACGCAGCCCACCCACGACCUCCCGGCCUCCAGGGCUCCGGCGGCCACUAAAGUCCGAAAGACCAUCAGCAGCCGGGUUCACGAGGCCGUGAAGGCCAUCGCCCUGGUGCACAACGUGACGCCCGUUUACGAGGCCAACGGUGUGACGGACCAGGCCGAGGCCGAGCAGCACUACGAAGACACGUGUAGGGUCUACCAGGCCUCCAGCCCCGAUGAGGUGUCGCUGGUGCAGUGGACUGAGAGCGUUGGGCUGACUCUGGUGGGCAGAGACCAGUCCUCCAUGCAGCUAAGGACCCCUACUGGACAAAUACUGAACUUCACCAUCCUGCAGAUAUUCCCCUUCACCUACGAGAGCAAGAGGAUGGGCAUCAUCGUGCGAGAUGAAUCAACAGGAGAGAUCACCUUCUACAUGAAAGGUGCUGAUGUGGUGAUGGCAGGCAUCGUCCAGUACAAUGACUGGCUGGAAGAGGAGUGUGGCAACAUGGCAAGAGAAGGUCUGAGGGUCCUUGUGGUGUCAAAGAAGUCGCUGACGGAGGAACAAUAUCAAGAUUUUGAGGCGAGGUACACGCAGGCCAAACUCAGCGUCCACGACCGCUCCCUGAAGGUUGCCACGGUGAUAGAGAGUCUGGAGAUGGAGAUGGAGCUGCUUUGUCUCACGGGGGUGGAGGACCAACUGCAGACGGACGUCAGACCCACCCUGGAGAUCCUCCGCAACGCAGGCAUCAAGGUGUGGAUGCUGACAGGAGAUAAGCUUGAAACUGCCACGUGUACUGCUAAGAAUGCGCAUCUCAUCACCCGCAGUCAGGACAUCCACAUCUUCAGACCAGUGACAACGCGAGGGGAGGCCCACCUGGAGCUCAACGCCUUCAGGAGAAAACACGACUGCGCUCUGGUCAUAUCGGGGGACUCGCUGGAAGUUUGUCUGAAGUAUUAUGAGUAUGAGUUCAUGGAGCUGGCGUGCCAGUGUCCCGCCGUGGUUUGCUGCCGAUGUACACCCACUCAGAAGGCUCAGAUAGUCCGGCUGCUGCAGGAGCGCACCGGCAAGCUCACCUGCGCCGUAGGGGACGGAGGAAACGAUGUCAGCAUGAUCCAGGAAGCAGACUGUGGCGUGGGAGUGGAGGGAAAAGAAGGAAAGCAGGCCUCUCUGGCAGCCGACUUCUCUGUGACUCAGUUCAAACAUCUAGGCCGUCUCCUCAUGGUCCACGGUCGCAACAGCUACAAGAGAUCUGCAGCUCUCAGCCAGUUCGUCAUCCACAGGAGCCUGUGCAUCAGCACCAUGCAGGCAGUUUUCUCGUCCGUGUUCUACUUUGCUUCGGUCCCUCUCUACCAAGGAUUCCUGAUUAUUGGUUAUUCCACCAUGUACACCAUGUUCCCCGUCUUCUCUCUGGUGUUGGAUAAAGAUGUGAAGUCAGAGGUUGCCAUGCUGUACCCAGAACUCUAUAAAGAUCUGUUAAAGGGGCGGCCACUAUCUUUCAAGACAUUUCUAAUUUGGGUCUUAAUAAGUAUUUAUCAAGGGAGCAUCAUCAUGUACGGAGCGCUGCUGCUCUUCGAGUCAGAGUUCGUCCACAUCGUGGCCAUUUCCUUCACGUCUCUGAUCCUGACGGAGCUGCUGAUGGUGGCCCUCACCAUCCAGACCUGGCACUGGCUCAUGAUCGUCGGAGAACUGCUCAGCCUGGCCUGUUACGUCGCCUCUCUCGUCUUCUUGCAUGAAUUUAUAGACGUCUACUUCAUCACCACGGUCUCCUUCCUCUGGAAGGUGACGGCCAUCACGCUGGUGAGCUGUCUGCCACUCUACAUCCUCAAGUACCUGCGCAGACGCUUCUCUCCCCCCAAUUACUCCAAGCUGACCUCCUAAAGACUCGUCUCCGGGCUCCUUUAUUAUCGGAAAAAAACAAAGAUUUUUCUGCCUUCAUUUUGCAAAAAAAGCCUGCACCAGGGCCAGAGAAUCUCUAGAUUUACUCCCUUUACUUUCCUCUGCAAAGCUGUUUGACUGGGCCAGGUUGUUUAUUGCGGCUGCAGAGUUUUUGUCAGUGAAAAAGCAGCGUAUAUUGGUUUGUGUGUUGGAUGCAAUGAGUGACAGAUGAUUUCUGACCUGCAGGAACUGUGGUCUGGAUUAAACUGACCAGAUUCAACCGGUUCUAAGAUGCAUCUUUAUCAUUUGUGGUCUUGUUAAGAGCUUCUAAACAUCAUAAACACAAAUGUAAACCCGUCACGCACUGUUUUACCCUGGAUGGGAUAAAAGAAAAUAGCUCAGUAAAUGAUGCUGCCCCAAAUUGUUGAAUAAUGUGAAAACCACAUUAGGCAGACGACUAUUAAGAGCUGAAGUUCAGCAUUUUUUGUUGUUGAAUGUAAACUGAUAUUUCUCCUAUUUCCAUCCCAGACUGUAGCUAUUUUUAUUCUGAAAAGGUGAGUUUGACGUAGGAUUCUCUCUCAGAACUUGAUUCAUAUUCUCCUCGUAGAGGGAUUUCUAAAAGCAGUUGAGGAUUAUACAGUUAAAAAGGGUUUAUUGGCUAGACUUUUUAUAAGACUGCGAGUUUGUGUGUUUGUUGAGUCACCUUAAAGCUACAGCUCAGCACAGCAGAGGCGGUGUGGCCGUUUAUUUUAGCACGACUCCUGGCGUCUGACGUUAAAUCCGUCCUCGUCUCUUUGUAGGGACCCUGAGUUGUUAGUAUUUGGUCAAAACGCCGUUGGUCAUUUGCAGCAGAAGCCAGCGGCGGGGCUGCUGGUGAGCUCCGCCAGCCUCUCAUGUGGUCACGCAGGCCGGCCGGCGCGGCCAAGCGUUCACCAGCGCAUGAUGACGCACUGUAACAGUGACCUAAAGCCAUAACUGAAAAUACCCCGGUGACUGCCGUUCCCCCGCCUCAUUUCCCCCGCCUCAUUUCUGGCUGCACACUCCACCAUCCCCCACACUCCUUACACAUUUAACCAUUAGAAACAAAAGGGAUUGUAGCACCCUAUAAUGUCAUAAUUUCCUGAAAAUGUAACAAAAUUUGCACUUAACUCAUUCGAAAAUGUAAUAAAGUCCAAUAAUGUAAUAACUUCACCAAUAAUGUAAUAAAAUAUCCUGACGGAUAUUGUAAUAACAUUUUUACUGAUAAUGUAAUACCUUAUUACAUUAUUGGGAAUUUAUUACAUUUUCAGGUGGGUCUUUUUUUUUCUUUUCCAAAACUGAUAAUGUAAUACUUGACAAAUAAUGUAAUAUAUAUGUUCAUUUUCAGUCCAGAGUUCUACAUUUUGUGUUUUAAGUAUCUAAGAAUGUUAUAUACGCUGGAUUUGAAACACCAGAAUGACUAUUGGGUUAAAUUGCAAACUUUGAGUACCAUGUAAUAAAUUUCCAAUAAUGUACUAAGGUAUUACAUUAUCGGUAAAAAUGUUAUUACAAUGUCAGUCAGGAUAUUAUAUUACAUUAUUGGGGAAGUUAUUACAUUAUUGGGUUUUAUUACAUUUUCGAUUGAGUUAAGUGCAAAUUUUAUUACAUUUUCAGGAAAUUAUUACAUUAUAGGGUGCUACAGGGAUCAAACUGAUCAAUACGUAAAUACCAUGUGGAUAUUGUCAAUAGCAAGUAUUACUGCUGCACAACAGGGAAAAAGAUCACACGGUGUUGCACUGCAAUUUAAUUUCACCAGUAAAUACGGCGGUCUAACUUGCAACCUACUAGAAUAAGAUGUUCACAAUUCACUUCAUUCAAAUAGUUUCAGCUUUUAAAAAGUGAUAACUCUAACAACGAGACAAUGAACUCAAUGCUUCAGUUUGUCCAGGGUGUCAUACAAUUCAUCUCUUUACACUGGAUCUUUCAUUUUUCCUAAAAAAAACUAAAUAAUUAAGCUGUUUACACAAAAUGUUGUUUUGUGCAGCUAUUGAGUGUACUUUUUUAUGUUGCAAUGGGAAUGAAAAGCAUAAAUGAUGCUAAAAUGGUUUGCAUGGGUGUAAAUAACUUAUUUUUAUUUAACAUGUCUAUUUAAUUUGUUGAUUGCACUUAAAUGAGCAGAACAAAAAGGGAGAAUUGUGCUGAUGUCAGUGUUGUGUUAAUAAAUAACGUGCUUUUUUCUUA